AUGAAAACAAAAAAAAAAGCCAGAUACAGCCUCAUGCCCAAAAAAGAAAUAAAAAUAAAAAAGAAAGCUAGCCAUAGCUUCAUGAUUAUUAUUGCACUUUGCUUUCUUUUCUAAUUUGUCUGCUAUUAUAUAAAUCUUUGUUCCUUCACAUAGCUGUACCUGACAUAAGAUGGGGAGUUUAACAGAUGCAGAUUAUCAGACUCCUCUGUUGCAAACUCAGUUCUCUGAGUCUUCACUCAUAAGAACUGGGAAUGUAUGGACAGCAGUAGCACAUAUUAUAACAGGGGUGAUCGGGUCAGGGGUAUUAUCACUAGCAUGGAGUCUGGCUCAGUUGGGUUGGAUAGCAGGUCCUUUGGCCAUGCUUUCCUUUGCCCUUGUAACCCUCAUUUCUGGAUUCCUUCUCUGCAAUUGUUAUCGUUUUCCAGACCCUGAGUAUGGGCCUCUCAGAAACCGGUCCUACCUUGAAGCUGUUCAUCAUAAUUUAGGGAAAAAGAAUGCCAUGGUGUGUAGCCUAUUUCUACAAGCAGGCUUGUUUGGGGCUGGCAUUGCCUAUACUAUCACAACUGCUACCAGCUUAAGAGCAAUUAGGAAUUCAUACCCGGUAGAAGGGAAGCUAGCCAAUUCUGAAUAUGUGGAUGCUACUUAUGUGCUGAUAUUUGGAUUUGCUCAAAUCUUCCUGUCACAACUACAUGGUUUCCAUAACAUACAAUGGUUAUCAGUUAUUGCUUCAAUCAUGUCUUUCUGUUAUUCUUUCAUUGGUCUUGGACUUGGCUUAGCAAAAGUCAUAGGAAAUGGUUAUAUUAAGGGCAGCACUACAGGAAUCUCAUCUUCUACCGCGCUUGAAAAAACACUGUCAAUAUCUCAAGCUCUAGGAGACAUUGCAUUUGCCUAUCCAUACACCUCAAUUAUCUUUGAAAUACAGGAUACUUUGAAGUCACCUCCAUCAGAAAACUACGCUAUGAAAAAGGCUUCAACAAUAGCAAUUGUGAUCACAACCUUCAUCUACCUCAGCUGUGGAGGUUUCGGAUAUGCAGCCUUUGGUGAUGAAACACCAGGGAAUCUAUUAACAGGAUUUGAAUCUUAUGGUCCACGGUGGCUUAUUAACUUUGCUAAUGUCUGCAUUGUGCUUCAUCUGGUUGGAGGUUAUCAGAUAUACAGUCAACCACUCUUCGCAAAUGUUGAAAAAUGGAUCGUGAAGCAGUACCCUGGAUUAAUGAAGGGAAAUUACAUAGUUAAACUACCAUUGUUGCCUGUUUUUACAUUAAAUCCUCUCAGGCUGUGUUUCAGGACAUUUUAUGUUUUUUGUACAACUGGAAUUGCAAUCAUAUACCCUUACUUCAACCAGAUAUUGGGAUUGCUAGGGGGCAUGAGAUUUUGGCCCUUGUCCAUAUAUUUUCCAGUAGGAAUGUACUUGAAGCAGAGCAAGAUUGAAGCUUGGACAGCAAAGUGGUUGAUCCUUCAAAUCUUCAGCAUUGCUUGCUUGUUUGUAACAGUGUUUUCCUUGUUUGGGUCAAUCCAAGGACUAUUAAGCGCAAAACUAAGCUGAAAAAUGGGCAAAACUAAAGCUGAAGAGUGGGUCAGGAACUCAUUUGAAGAUAUUAAGUUGAAUGAUCCUGGCCUAAAUUGUAAAAAAAAAAAAAAAAAAAAAAAAAAAAAAUCUUAUCACCUUUUUUCCUUAAUAUUGAAAGUAUGGGGAUUUGAACUCAGGGUCAUAUUAAGCUAAAUGAUCCUGGCUUAAAUUGUAAACGAAAAAACUGUUUCUUUUUUUUUUUUUUUUUAAUACUGUACCUUGUGUAUAUCAGAUUCCUAAAAUGUGAAUAAUCAUUGGCUAAUUGCCUAUGCUUGAUUUUC